CAAAACAACAUCAACUUACGAACUGUGUCAAGAAACCAUGGCGCUCCUGGUCCAUACAUUAUCGAUACAUUCUUCCUUGCCACUUGCGACCGACAAUAGAAAUCGAUCUACUAUACUGCAUUCUGCAUUCUUGGAACCAAGCAAAUGAAGUCGUCUGCUGCAAUAUCGACAAUCCUCUUCUUGCUGGUGGCAACUCUGUGUGAUGCAUUUGUGACCAAAGUACCGGAAAGGGCUGUGAUAUCUGUGUUUCGUCAUGGUGCCCAUCGAGCAUUCAUCUCGACAUCACGGUCAUCCCCAAAAAUCUUCCUGUCCACUCCUUCCGAACCAGAAAAGGAGGAGGAUAAAGCCUCGGAAGCUGCUGUCAGUGAAACUCCCUCCGAAUCGCCAUCGGCUGUUCCCGUCUCGGAAGAUCCACCCAAGGCGGCACCACCGGCAGUUGUUGUACCGGUAGAAGAGGAAGAAUCAUCGGUUCCAAUUGAUUUGCCUUCUCCAUUGUUGUUGGCAUCGUCCAUGAUUCUUGGCAUUGUAUCCACAGGCUCAAUAUUCGACUUGCUCGGCGGAAAUCCAUCCUUUGGCUUUGCGCCCACUGCGGGUGUUGCACUGACGGGGCUUCCCUUGUGUCUAUUCUUGUUCACGGCUGCCAUUGCCAAGGGACAAAAGGAAACCGAAGAGGACGACGAGGAAUUCCGACGUGGUGGGUUUUAACUAUAUAUCUAUCCACCCGCAUCUAGCUAGCUAGUUUAGUGAGAGCUUGUGGAAUAAGCGAAACUUCUUUGUAUCCUGUGGCUUCGUAGAUUACGAUUGUGUAGUGUAAGGUCUGCUUUUCCAGUCUCAUUCGACGAACUUCGGCGUUUUUAC